GAGCGAGGGGUCGGGUCGCACAGCCAAUCGCUCCGUAGAAGAAAGGCGGAACUUCCGCGGCGUGAUGCGCCGUUCACGCUCGAGCUCGCGAGGCCCCACCUUUUGUGUUUCCCGCACCGUCAAUCAAAAACAGAAAAAAAAAAACAACAAAAAAAUCGACCCGAAUCUCCGAUCACAGCCCGCCUUCGAUUAAAACAAUCAUGUUGGGAGUUUAAAUUAAAAGAUAACCUGCCGAUUUUUCCCCCCUUUUCCACGCCAUGACCGGUACGUAACACUUUAAGGCGAGCGCAGCACGACGCGGCCCCAGGACAGCCAGCGAAGCGGCAGGAAAUGGCCGCCUUGGACGUGGACAGCGGGCAGAGCGACUUCAUACAGCCCAGCGGCGGCGCCUCGGAGCAGACAACAGACUUCACAUCCAUCCAGCUCACAGGCUCAUCAGACCGCUGGGAGGUGCUCACGCCAGUGUCCACUGUGAAAGAGGAGCCAGGGGUUCUGCAUUUACCCAGCGGGGGACUCGUGGGUGCCAACGGGCAAUAUGUGGUUCCACUGCAGACUGUUCCAGGGCAGACGCAGCCUGUUUUCGUCACAGCUGGGACGGACGGCUCGAGUGCCAAUGGCGUCCAGUACCAGGUUAUCCCCCAGCUGCAGGGAGCGGAUGUGACCUCGCUGGGCUAUGCCCCGCAGUCCGCCAACGGGGCCACGCUGGGCACUGAUAUCGCCAUACUGCCAGACGGAACCCAGGGCAUCUCGGCGACAGCUAACGCUAAUGAUCUUCAAGGCCUGCUGGCUCAUGGCGGGCAGGUGCAGCAGAUCCCAAGCGUGUCGUUGGCCGGGCCUGGGUUUGGGGGUCAGGGCCAGGUGGUGACCAACGUUCCAGUGGGCCUGCCUGGUAACAUCACGUUCGUGCCCAUCAACAGUCUGAGCAAUGCCGACCUGGAGUCGCUGGGACUGGCCGGCGCGCAGACCAUCGCCACGGGUGUCACGGCCGACGGGCAGCUCAUCAUGGCCGGCGAGGGUGGCGUGGGCAAGCCCGCUGAGACGCCGUCGUCCGGCGAAGCCAACGGCUAUGCCCAGAGCACCGCGCCGACGCCGGCCACUUCGCUCCCGGAGACGAUAGACGGCACGGGCGUGCUGACCCAGGCCACGGCCGUGUCGGCCGGGCAGCAGGACCCAUCCUUCGUGCAGUCCAACCACAGCAGUGAGCCCGUGGUGCAGCUGUUACCCACAGCGACGUCGGUGGACGGCACGGCACAGGCUCUACAGAGCGUGCAGCUGCUCAACGCCGGCACCUUCAUCAUUCAGGCGCAGACGGUCUCACCCUCGGGCCAGAUCCAGUGGCAGACCUUCCAGGUGCAGGGCGUGCAGAACCUGCAGAACCUGCAGCUGCCGACCGCAGGGGGGGCGGCGGCAGGGGGCAUGGCCUCGCCCCAGAUCACCUUGGCCCCGGUGCAGACGCUGUCACUCGGGCAGGCCAGCGCCGGCCACAUGCCCAACCUGCACACGGUUACGGUCAACUCUCUCACGCAGUACCAGCAUGACGAGAACACGGAGAGCCCCUCGGAUAUCCAAAUCAAAGAGGAACCCGAUUCAGACGACUGGCCACUGAGCGGGGACUCCACCCUGAACACCAGUGACCUGUCGCACCUCCGUGUGCGCCUGGUGGAUGAGGAGGGCGAGGGGGUAGGGCAGGAAGGCAAGAGGCUGCGUCGAGUGGCCUGCACCUGUCCCAACUGCAAAGAGGCGGGGGGGAGAGGGUCCAGCAUAGGCAAGAAAAAGCAGCACAUCUGUCACAUCCCGGGCUGUGGGAAGGUGUACGGGAAGACGUCCCACCUGCGUGCCCACCUGCGCUGGCACUCGGGAGAGAGGCCGUUCAUCUGCUCGUGGAGCUACUGCGGCAAGAGGUUCACCCGCAGUGAUGAGCUGCAGCGCCACCGCAGGACACAUACAGGGGAGAAGAAGUUUGUGUGUCCGGAGUGUUCAAAGCGCUUCAUGCGCAGCGACCAUUUGGCCAAACACAUUAAAACUCACCUGCACAAAAAAGGGCUAAAUUCUGUCACCACAGCAGGGCAGACAGAGGCUGCCACCCCCUCAGACAGCAUCAUCACUGGGGGCGGGGCCACUCUCAUCUUGACCAAUCUGCAACAGGCUGGCACCCAAGACCUCCUCUCAAACUCCGACCUCCCACUCCAGUUGGUCACUGUGCCUGCCAAUGAGGUCAUGGAGUGACCAAAAUCCUGCCCACUUUCACAGCUCGCUGGCUUUUCACUAUCAAUUUUUAUAUAUGAUAAAUUUUAUAUAUAUAAAUAUAUAUAUGUAUGUAUAUAUAUAUAUGUGUGUGUGCGUGCGUGCG